AUGUCUUCAAUAAUUACAUUGAAUUACAUGGAUUUGGACGUGGCCAAGAGCCGUGCGAGCUAUUACGCUUCAAAUCGACUGAUCAAAGUCUAUUUUUCCAUGCCAAACAUUAUGUUGAUGACACCCGAAAGGCAAUCCGAGUGCCGUCCGCCACGAUUAGUCCCGAUGGAGUUGGAAACCCUGACCGAACUCAAUGUAGCGAUUCCGGUCACCUAUGUGAAACUGCAGGAUACAGAUACUGCAAUAACGGACCCGGUGGUAACCAUGAACACGGUCAAACCUAUAAGAGCCGAUCAUUUUGGAAAUGUACUAAAAAAUUCUUCAGGCGAUUAUUGGACUGCACAUAUUGUUCCGAGCUAUAAUAUUGCUGUUGUGCCAUAG